CGACCACUCGGGCCACUAUUUUGCAAGGCUCGCCGUUACUAGCGCAUCACCCGUCCGCACCUGCCUGCUUCAUUGUUGUGGUUGGAGCGCUGGGAUAGAGUCAUUAUUUCGCAGCAACCGUGGGAGGAGGAGAGGCAUUUCCGACACACCGACAGAAGCGUGUAGCGUCAGAUUCAGCACCACAAGAUUAAGGAGAGCGUCCGGACUGAACCGAUUGUUACUCUCCGGGGAGGUUAACGGAAUAGGAGGACGUCGUUUUUCUUUCGGAGUUCACUCAGUGAGACCAGACGCUGCUGCUGCUGCUGCUGCACAGUUUGAGGACCUGCAAGAGGAGUUAUCUUUUACGGUUAAAGAGACCAUGACGACUGCCACUUCCCCUAUUCUAUUGAAAUGGGACCCAAAGAGUCUUGAAAUCCGCACCUUGACUGUGGAGAGGCUUCUGGAGCCCUUGGUCACACAGGUGACUACUCUGGUGAACACCAGCAACAAGGGACCCUCCAGCAAGAAGAAAGGACGGUCUAAGAAGGCGCAUGUUCUGGCAGUGUCUGUGGAGCAGGCCACCCAAAACUUUCUUGAAAAGGGUGAGCAGAUUGCCAAAGACAGCCAGGACCUCAAGGAAGAGCUCAUUGCUGCUGUGGAGGAUGUUCGCAAGCAAGGAGAAACGAUGCGUAUAGCCUCGUCCGAGUUUGCUGAUGACCCUUGCUCCUCUGUGAAGCGUGGCACCAUGGUGAGGGCUGCUCGCGCCUUGCUGUCUGCUGUCACCCGCCUACUCAUCCUUGCUGACAUGGCUGAUGUCAUGAGGCUGCUGGCCCACCUUAAGAUUGUUGAGGAGGCCCUUGAGGGAGUAAAGAAUGCCACCAAUGAGCAGGACCUGGCAAACCGCUUCAAAGAGUUUGGAAAAGAGAUGGUGAAGCUUAACUAUGUGGCAGCUCGGAGACAGCAGGAGCUGAAAGACCCUCAGUGUCGGGAUGAGAUGGCAGCUGCACGUGGAGCUCUUAAGAAAAACGCCACCAUGCUGUACACGGCUUCUCAGGCCUUUCUGCGCCACCCAGAUGUGGCGGCCACACGUGCCAACCGAGACUACGUGUUUAAGCAGGUCCAGGAGGCCAUAGGAGGCAUUUCCAGUGCUGCGCAGGCCACCUCACCCACUGAUGAGAAGCACGGUCAUGCUGGCAUUGGAGAACUGGCUGCUGCCCUCAAUGAGUUUGAUAACAAGAUCAUCCUGGACCCUCUGACCUUUAGCGAGGCUCGUUUCAGGCCCUCUUUGGAGGAGCGCUUAGAGAGCAUCAUCAGUGGAGCUGCGCUAAUGGCGGACUCUUCAUGCACAAGAGAUGAUCGCCGUGAACGCAUUGUGGCUGAGUGCAACGCCGUUCGUCAGGCCCUGCAAGACUUGUUGAGCGAGUACAUGAACAAUACUGGUAGAAAAGAAAAAGGGGAUCCACUGAACUCAGCGAUUGACAAAAUGACCAAAAAGACCAGGGACCUACGUCGACAGUUGAGAAAGGCCGUGAUGGACCACAUCUCAGACUCCUUCCUCGAAACCAACGUUCCUCUCCUGGUGCUCAUCGAGGCGGCGAAGAGCGGAAAUGAGAAGGAGGUCAAGGAGUACGCCCAGGUGUUCCGCGAGCACGCCAACAAGCUGGUGGAGGUGGCCAACCUGGCUUGCUCCAUCUCCAACAAUGAAGAAGGUGUGAAGUUGGUACGGAUGGCAGCCACCCAAAUUGACAGUCUAUGUCCACAGGUUAUAAAUGCUGCGCUCACUCUGGCUGCCCGGCCUCAAAGCAAGGUGGCCCAGGACAACAUGGACGUGUUCAAGGAUCAGUGGGAGAAGCAAGUGCGCAUUCUGACUGAGGCAGUGGACGACAUCACAUCUGUGGACGACUUCCUUUCUGUCUCAGAGAACCACAUCCUUGAGGACGUCAACAAAUGUGUAAUUGCCCUGCAAGAGGGAGACGUGGACACUCUUGACCGGACUGCUGGAGCCAUUCGUGGACGAGCUGCUCGUGUGGUCCACAUCAUUAACGCUGAGAUGGAAAACUACGAACCUGGGGUCUACACUGAGCGUGUGCUGGAGUCCAUCAAGCUCCUGUCAGAAACUGUCAUGCCACGUUUUGCCGAACAGGUGGAGGUAGCAAUCGAGGCACUGAGUACAAAUCCUCCACAGCCCUUUGAGGAGAACGAAUUUAUCGAUGCGUCCCGUUUGGUCUACGAUGGCGUCCGUGACAUCAGGAAAGCUGUCCUCAUGAUAAGGACACCAGAGGAGUUGGAAGAUGACUCGGACUUUGAACAGGAGGACUAUGACACUCGCAGCAGGACUAGUGUCCAGACUGAAGAUGACCAGCUUAUUGCUGGUCAGAGUGCUCGGGCCAUCAUGGCACAGCUUCCCCAGGAGGAAAAGGCAAAGAUUGCAGAGCAGGUGGAGAGCUUCAGACAAGAGAAGUGCAAGCUAGAUGCAGAAGUAGCCAAAUGGGACGACAACGGCAAUGACAUCAUUGUGCUGGCCAAGCAGAUGUGUAUGAUCAUGAUGGAAAUGACCGACUUUACCAGAGGCAAAGGCCCCCUGAAGAACUCCUCAGAUGUGAUCAACGCGGCAAAGAAGAUUGCAGAAGCCGGUUCCAGGAUGGACAAAUUAUCUCGCGCUGUUGCAGAUCAGUGUCCUGACUCAGCCUGCAAGCAAGAUCUGCUGGCCUACUUGCAGAGAAUCGCCCUGUACUGUCAUCAGCUCAACAUCUGUAGCAAGGUGAAGGCUGAGGUGCAGAAUCUGGGCGGAGAGCUCAUUGUAUCUGGGUUGGAUAGCGCCACCUCUCUGAUCCAGGCAGCCAAGAACCUCAUGAAUGCUGUGGUGCUGACUGUAAAGGCAUCCUAUGUAGCUUCCACCAAAUACCAGAAGGUUUAUGGUACAGCUGCGGUUAACUCACCAGUGGUUUCCUGGCGCAUGAAGGCUCCGGAGAAAAAGCCUUUGGUAAAACGGGAGAAGCCAGAGGAAUGCCAGACACGUGUGCGACGAGGCUCCCAGAAGAAACACAUCUCCCCCGUCCAGGCCCUCAGUGAAUUCAAGGCCAUGGACUCAUUCUAAGAGUUGGAAAAAAAAACCAAAAAACAUGAUGGUAUAAGUCGGUGAUGAAAUCCCUUUUUACAUUGUGUUAAUCUACUUCUGUUUGCUGUGUGCGUGCUUGGUGAUGGUGCAGGAAGACUGCAGUACAUAAUAAAAUGCCUUUACUGUGGCUCAUCUAACACUGUGGUCUUCAUGGCUCACAGAACACCAACACACCCAAUAGUAUUUAUUGAUCUUAUUGUAACUUAAUGUGAGAGCCAAAAUGUGACAAACUACUUCUGAAAAUCUGGGAUUUAAUAUUUUUGAAAAGAGUAAAACAGGCAAAUAAAAAAAAAUGUCAGUCGAUAUUCUAGCUAUAUUAUUUAUGUGCUACAGACUGGCUGCUCGUGAACACACUAAAACUGAAAGGAAACAGUGAAUGAAUAUUGAAAUCAUACUAUACUGAAGAAAUUGGUGGUUUGACCUUUGUAUGUUUUCUUCCGAUUUGAAUGUUAACCUGUAGUGCUAUGAAUAUCUUAUGUUUAAAAUCUUGGGAAGUAUUAGGAUCCGAGUAGUUUCCUUCCUCAUAAUGAUUACUAUUACAAAUAAUCCACAUGGAUUCUUCUUCUUUUUUCUACCAAAGCACAUUUAUGGUCUACUGUAUCCCCCCUUUAAAUUUCUUUUAUUUAUAGAUGUCAUCACUAACUAUGAUGAGCUUGUUUGGAAGUUGUGUAGCAUAUCAUUUAGACAGAGAGGAUUGAUUAGUUGUGGUUUGCUCUCAGAAUAGCAUCCCUGCAUACAGUAACUUUAUAUUCACCCUUCUCUAAUAAAUUCCUCAACUUGA